AUGGCGGCAAUUCCGGGAAAACGCAAACUUUUCAGCAAACUUAUAAAAGAUAAAUGUUGGCAUCCUUAUCUUGGCUUUUGUUAGCAUUUUAGUAACUUCCAUGUUCUUCAGAGUGACUUACUUUACAUUUAAACAGGAAAGCACAACAGGGUAUGGUUAGGGAUGGGUGAUACAGCAAACGAUACGGCGAGCGUCGGCCAUGUUACCGAUGGAGACAAACCUCCUCCAUCGACAGAAAAUGAAGGAACAUUUAAAGGUCCUAAGUUUGAUCCCCCUGUCUAUCGUCAACGAUAUGCUGCAGUAUGUGAGCUAGUGAAGAAACAACAAGCAAAAAAGGUUCUUGAUUUUGGUUGUGCUGAAGCAAAGCUAGUGAAAGCAUUGAUAUGUCAAGAUAAUUUGAUUCAUUUGGAAGAAUUAGUCGGUGUGGAUAUUGAUCAACAGCUUCUUGAAGAAAGCAAGUUCCGCAUUAGGCCAUUCACAGCAGACUAUCUGCGACCACGUACCCAUCCCUUCCAAGUUUCUCUAUAUCAGGGUUCUAUUGCUGAAGCAGAUGAGAGGUUUAUUGAUUUUGAUAUAAUUGCUUGCAUUGAACUGAUAGAACAUCUUCAACCAGAAAUCCUGGAUUUAAUGCCUGAAGCAGUCUUUGGUCAGCUGUCUCCUAAGGUUGUUAUAGUAACAACACCCAAUGUUGAAUUCAACGUCUUGUUCCCUGACCUUAAAGGAUUCCGGCAUUAUGAUCACAAGUUUGAAUGGACCAGAGCAGAAUUUCAAGAAUGGUCAAACACCCAGGCUCUGAAGUACAACUAUACUGUGAAAUUUGAUGGGAUAGCUGCUGGACCCAAGGGAACAGAACACCUGGGUUGUUGCUCUCAAGUGGCUGUGUUUGAGAGGAUAGCAUCCUACUCUGCUUCCAGGAAGGGACCAGAGAUAGGCCAGCCAUACAAUCUGAUUGCAGAGGUUCAGUUUCCAUAUAAAAAAGACACAAGAACAGAGGAAGAAAAGAUUCUGCAAGAAGUAGAAUACAUCCUCUGGAUGCUGUCAUCCCAAGAGGAGGCUCAUGAUUCAGAAGAGAGUGACAUGGAUUCACAAUCAAGUGACAAGGAUGACAAAAGUUUCCAUGGAGAGGAAAAUCACCUUACACAUGAUGAGGACUGUGUAAAAACACAUGUGUACUUGCUUAAGGAGUUACUAGGCUUCAGCUCCCUUCAAAAGUUUUGUAAUGAUAUUGAGAAACUAAGAUCUGUGCUGAAAGAUUCUUCAAGGUUUUGCCUGACUGAAGAUGAAUGUGGAGUCCUGUGGCAGCAUCAGUCAUCACCACAGUGGAGCAGUGAAGAGAGUGACACUGGUUGGGAUGUAUGUGGUAAUGAUCAGGAGGUGAAUGAAUCAAAGAGACCUGACUCAGGUGACUGGACAGAACCUGAAAACUGGGAUACUACAGAUGAAUUUAGUUCUGAUGCAAUUAUCAAGCAAACAACAGCUAAUGCAGAGGUCUGUUGGGAUUCUUCAAAUGAUUGUAAUACUAAAUAUUGGGAUGGUGAGGACUGGACUAAAUUUGAAGAGUAUGGAGCAGAUGACGAGUUUGAGGAAGAAAACAAUUUCAAUUUGUAUGACAGCUACACUGCAGCAGUUUCACUUGAAAGUGAUGGAUCUCAGGGUGAAGAAAUUAGUGGUAAUGACAUUGAUGGACUUGUUUGGAUUACAGAGAAUGUUUCAAUUACAGAUGGGAUCCCUGAAUAAUCAAUAUUUCAAACUUGCUUCAUAAUCUCAGGUUAGACCAUUUUGAAAAGUGGUUCAUAAGAAUACUUAACUGUUUAAGCCUGGUUCUAACUAUAUGUAGUGACACAAGCACAAGCACAGUCAAGUACAAAUGUACAUGAGGUAAGUAUACCAAGAGAAAAUGAAUAUUGACAAGCACAAGCAUUAACACAAGAAAAAGGAAAAUUCUGAUCCUUAUGCUGGCCCUUGUGUAUAUGCUUGUAACAAGGCCAUUUUCACAGUGAAAUAUCAGCUGUUGUGCUUGUGGUGGUACUUUUGCUUGCAUUGCUAAUGAAAACAAGGCUUUAGGCUCACAGCUUUUGUUAAUCACCUUAAUUCACAAAAAAGGCAUCCUCUAUUUUAAAAAUCAAGGGCUAAGACUAUUAAGUCUUACAAAAAAAAUUUCUUGCCUCUAAAUUCAUGGUGAGAAGUAUCAAGUAAAUGAACAUUGUAAAUAGUUUAUUAAAUUUAUUUGGUCCUUUAUUACAUAUGAAAUGUUUCUAUAUGCUACUCCAUUUACAAGUUUCAUUUCAGAGAGACUCAGCUAAAUAAUUUUAGUUUAAUGAAAUAAUUAUAAAUAUGUUGAGUCUUAUCAUGUUUAAGAUAAUAUAAGCUCUUAGGAUGAUACAUUUUCCCUCUACCUAGUUGUACAAAUAUUUUAAUGCUACACACCCUAAGAGGACUUGCCAACUUUCACAUGAACUAUUAAGGACCUUUAAAAUAGACAGGACUGCAAGAUUUUAAAGGCUAUUACCUCUGUAGAUAACCAUCCACUAGGCUCAUAUUUACCACCAACACAUGAGAAUAAAUAUAGUCUGCAUAAAAAACUGUGUGCCCUCCCCAAAGUAAAUAGCAAACAAUUUAUGACAUCAUAUGUAAAUAGACUGAUUUCUAAACACAAGGUAAUGUAUUUUCUAUGUAGUAUUUUAUCAUCCAUUUGUAGUUUAAGUAUUUUAAUUUAAAGGAUAGAUUUUUAUUGAGUGUAUAGGCAACUAGAAUGUAACAAAAGAUAUGUACUUUUAUCUUUUGGCAAUAAAGACUAUUACUUACUUA